GUCUCCUUGUUGUUUCUCGUAAACACUCGACCUUCAUUGACAGAUCAGCACAACAUAUUUCACACCAUGCCAAGCAGAAAAAAGCAAAAAACGACACCUUUGACACCCAACAAAGUCAAAAAUACCAGCCAUCAAGAAACUAGCAAUGAUUAUGCUAAAGUCAUCAGCGAAGCUUCGAGUGCGAUCAACCGAUUGUUUGAAUUAGAUUACGUGGAAUUACUAGACAAACGUGCCAAUGCCAGAGCCAUGACAAGCCAAUUUGCCUUGGCCAUAAAGGAUGCGCUUCAUAUAAUAAAAUACGCUUCCCGGUCAUCACGAGGCUACAUUCGAGCAGGCGAAACGUAUGCGAUGCAAGGCAAACAAGCGGAGGCAGCCGACAUUUAUUCAAAGGGUCUGGCCAAGGUCAGCAAGAAGGAUCCAAACUACGCCAAAAUGGUACAAGGCGAAGAAACGGCCCGAUUACGCCAUGAACAGUGUAUCGACAUGAUUGCACGUAUGCCUCUGGAGAUAGCAUUCAAUAUAUUCGAACGAUUGCCAAUAAUGAGCAAAGGCGCGUGUCUUUGUGUAUCGAAAGUCUGGCGCGAUCGGUUGAUAAAAUGUAGAGCAGCGUGGAAUUUUUUGACAGCAUCAGGUGGGCAUGAAGACAUGGCCGUUUGUCACUCAGUAGCAUCGAUCGGCAAACACGUCAAGUCACUCACCCUCGCAUGCAAAAACAAAGCGUUACGUUCUCUAUACUUAAAUCACAUGAAAAUGGGACACUUUAGCCAGAUAUCACAUCUCACUUUAACCAAGGAAAUGACGUACACUGUCAAUCGUGAACUCACAGGCAUUGCUCUAUGGCAAAUGCGCAGCACAUUAACACGACUCGACGUGGAUUAUUCCGACUGCCAAAUCGUCCUCUCGUUAUCAGCCAUUCUGGUGUCCGCUCCAAACUUGAUCUGGUUAUACUACAAGAUGAAUGCACCGUUUCGCAAAGCUGUCGGUGAUACGACGGCACUGAUCGACCCGCAUCCUCUCAAACAACUGCGUCUCGAGACCCAAAUCACGCGUGGUGAAGAAAUUGCAGCAGCUCUCACCAAUUGUCCCCAGCUACGAUCAUUGACACUAUUAAAUUGCGAGCCGGCGGUUCUGGACACUGUUGUUACCUGCUGUCCACAGAUCGAGUAUUUUGGAUACAACACAGAUGUGCACUAUACACAGUUGUCACAGAAAGAUGCUGAGCGGCCAGACUCCACUGGGUUGCGCUUGCUUGAAAUUGGUACAGCCGUCCACGUCGCACAAGUUUUGCCGUUCUUUACCAGACAUAGCGAAACGUUACGGUCCGCGUACUUACGCCUCAACGAUCUGACGGAGGAAGAACUCACGUUGUUGGACUCCUGGACGCAACCCACUAUGAAAGCACUAAGCAUGAUUUAUUGUCACUUUGGUGAAGGAACCGAAACUGUCAUUGCCAGACUGCUCCGCAACUGUCCAGAACUACAGAAUGCCUAUUUCGACUAUCUUGAAGACAUAGAUGUUAUAACGCGCGAGCUGGCAAUGGCGGACAACCUCAAGAAACUAUACUUUGGAAAUGUAGACCGUCCGAUGGAGAACGAACUUCAGUAUCUUUUUGACAAGCACGUCCUCCUCGGCGCCGAAUCGAAAUUGACACACUUACGGUUUUUCAACACCACUACUUUGUCGGAUGCCGUCAUUAAUGGAUUACGGUGCUUCCAAAAACUUAAUACGCUGGAAUUGCGUCAGUGUUAUGACGUGUCAGAUAAGGCUUUGGCAACUGCAUUAUUGGAACUCACGUCGUUGAAGGAAGUCAAGUUUCACCGGGUAGCUGCAGUUAACGAUCAAGUAAUUUUAUCCUUGGGCUCUGUCGAGACGGUGCGGCUAUUAUCUUUGACUAGCAUUAGCGACGAUGCUCUCCGAAAAUUAAUUGAUGAUUCGAAACACUUGCAAGUCCUUGAGGUGCGCAAUUGCCACAGUACUAAAGACACACUGAAGCUUGCCUGUGACAAAGGUAUCGAGGUCGUUGGUCUAACAGAUAAUUUAAAUUCAAAAAGAAACCUAAUGACCACGUUGUUCCCACAGUCAUAAUCAUCUUAUUUGUAUAUAAAACAAUA